AUGGGUCGCAAGGAUGUUCAGAAUCCAAACCACAGCAGCCUCAGUCGACUCACCCGGAUUGGCUAUGACGAUAUCGACGGUCCGGAAAAAGCGUGCAACUGCACGGCCAUCUUGGAGGGCAAGCCUGAGGCACUGAAUGAGGCCAAGAUUUUGACCAUGCACAAAAGUUUCAUCGAGAGCCUCAGAAUUCCAGACCAUUUUUAUGUGAAUGCCAGCAAAGACUGCACGAACUUCAAGAUGAGCAGGAAAUAUCUCACAUUCCCUCUGAGCCGGGAAGAGGAGCAUUUUCCUCUCGCUUACGCCAUUGUUGUCCAUCACAAAGCACAGAACUUCGAACGUCUCCUGCGGGCAAUUUACGCUCCUCAGAACAUCUACUGCAUCCACGUAGACUUGAAGGCCGCGCCAUCGUUUUUCGACGCCAUAUCAUCCUUGGCCUCCUGCUUCCCCAAUGUGUUCAUGGUCAGCCGGCGCGAGAAAAUGAUCUACAACAGUUGGUCCCGGGUGCAAGCCGACAUUAACUGCAUGGCUGACCUGAUGGCCACCGACGUGGCGUGGAAAUACUUCAUCAACCUCUGCGGCCAGGACUUCCCCAUCAAGACGAACCUGGACAUGGUGCGGAAACUGCGGGUGCUCGACGGUGCCAAUAGCAUGGAGUCAGAAGCCAUGUCUGCAGGGAAGUCGUCGAGGGUGCAAUUCGUUCACAAGCUGGUGGACGGAUAUUGGAAGGACGGGGGAAAGAAAAAGGGUCCACCACCUUUCCAGCUACCUAUCUUUACAGGAAACGCCUACAUAUUGGUAUCGAGGGCCUUUGUCCUCAGCGUUUUGGAGGACCACCGCAUCCUGGCCCUCAUUGAGUGGACAAAGGAUACAUUCAACCCCGAGGAAACCAUAUGGGCGACCAUUCAGCGAAUGCCCGGCGUGCCCGGCUCCACGUGGACCAGUUCCAAGUACGACAUGACCGACAUGAACGCCAUGGCCAGGCUGGUCAAGUGGAGCUGGCACGAGGGUGAGCGGUCCUCCAGACAGGCUGUGUACCCGCCGUGCCAGGGUAGCCACGUGAGGGGUGUCUGCGUGUAUGGGGCGGGCGACCUGCAUUGGAUGGUGGCGCAGCAGCACUUCUUUGCCAACAAGUUUGACACAGACACAGACCCCGUCGCCAUUUACUGCCUGGAAAAGUACCUCCGACAAAGAGUGCUGGCCCAGCUACGGGAAGAGAACUAA